CAGAAAUCUACACUCGGCCAUGGUUUUCCUGGAAUACCAGGAUCAAAUGGGAUGCCUGGAAUACCCGGGGCCCCCAGACCGCAAGGACCUCAGGGAAGGGAAGGUGUAAAAGGACGAAUAGGUGAUAAGGGAUCACAAGGUAUGCCGGGUCCAAGAGGAGACAGAGGACGCGAAGGGCCACCUGGGAAGAGUGGACCGACAGGUAUUGAAGGCAUCAAAGGUCAGCAGGGACUUGUGGGAUUAAAAGGAGAGCGAGGAGUUCCGGGAAUCAAAGGAGAGCGAGGCAUUAUGGGAAAUCAAGGAAGAAAAGGAGGCAAAGGAGAGAAAGGAGAAAGCGUCAAAGCAAGUCAAGCAAGUGUAGUACCACAAACCAACUGGAAACAAUGUGUGUGGAAAUCACAAACCGAUACUGAUGACGGAAAGAUUAAGGUAAAUAAGAAUUUUGGUUCAUGUGAGCCCUCAGUACAAGUAUCCUUAAUCAAACAAAAGUACACCUCCAUAAAUAACGACGAGGGCAAUAAGUCGUAUGUUCCCAUUCACUCGGCAACUCAUUCAUCAAUUAAGUUAAUCCUGCUUAAGCGGGCUUUUUUAUUUCUUUACGUACACAUAACUACUUAAUAUUUCGCAAGCUGUGCCGACCUUAAUGCAAUAUAUGGUCUUCCUGUAGUGUGUAUAUUGUCAAGCCUACCUUGUAUGACCGUUAAUCACGUGACCAUGCAAAGUCGGAAACUACGACAUUUUACUCGUCUUUUCUCUCUUACAGGAGUGUACUUUCAACAAGUUAACGUCUGAUACAUCGCUCAAAGUCUCGUUUCACGCAAACAUGAGGGUCAGAGGUAGUACUAAGUGUAAUCGUUGGUAUUUCAAGAUAAAUGGAAAUGAAUGCAACCGACCAAUGACGAUUGAAGCACUUGUCUACAAUUAUUGGCCGUCUGGUAAUACCAAUCAUGAUCAGCUGCAUCAUCGGUCAUUUGAGGGAUACUGUGAAAACAUUCCACAAGGGGCUGUUAGAGUGGAAUUAUGGGUAGGACAGUGCAGUGGCAGCACCUUGGGUGAUGCUUACACCGGGUGGAAUUCAGUGUCCCGGAUAAUGAUUGAAGAAGUUUCUAGGCCCCAGUCCUAA